CCCCCAAACCGUACAACACGCAUUUUCCGCUAUAAAUCGAUUCCAGCUGCAAAUGUUCCCUUCCUCUCCUUUCUCCUAGCUCCCACUUACGUUCAUUUCUUCUCUCUCAGGCGUUCUUCUGUGGAAUAAAGGUGAUUUUGAAGAUGAACUGUUAUGGUCUUCAGCAGAACGCCUUUGCAGCCUGUGAAGAGAUGAGAAGCUCUGUGAAUUUUGUUGAUCAGAAGGAGCCUGUCAUUUGCCCUAAGCCGCGCCGAGUUGGGGUUGUAUCCAACAUGCCUGUGAGGCAUUUGAGAUGGCAUUUCAAUCAACAGGCUGAGGGUUCUGAUUCAAAAGCUGGGGCUGAGCUACUAGAGAUUAUGUUUAAGAAGGAGAGUCAAGGGGAGGAAUUUGCAAAUCAGGUAGCUUCAUCUCCUCCAUAUUUUUGCGGGUCUCCUCCCGUCCGAGCUGCAAAUCCCUUGGUUCAGGAUGCUCGAUUUGGGGAUGAGAAGCACUGUCCGGCGUCACCGUCAGGUUUGCUAUCUCCAAGUUCAGCCUCACGUAAAGGAGGAUGUGUUAGGAUGAGUUUUGGACUUAAACCGGCUGCAGUUAGAGUAGAGGGAUUCGAUUGCCUCAACAGGGAUCGCCAGAAUUCUAGGAUCCCUGCUGUUGCUUAAACUCCAUUCAGAGAAGUGUACAUAGAGGGAUCUGAGUGUGACUGCUUAUAAAAAUAUGACAUGACUUAACUAGGAAGAAUGAAUAUCUUUGAGUAGUUUGAGGGAAAUGCUGAAGAAGCAAACCUUGUGUUCUUGAGAAGGUUUGAUGUGUAAAGAGCAUCUUCUUUUUGUAAUAUAAGGUUGGAUCUGAGUGUCUUUCAAUUUUUUCUUUUUAUUUUAGGUCAUCACCAUGAGAAUGUCGUGUAUAGAGUUGGUGAUUUUGGUUAUCAAUCUUGUAAAUAUGUUUAGCUUAAAAAGCAUGCUUAUUGUAUUUAAUGAAAAAAUUAAAAUGAUAUUUAUAACGAGAAAUGCCAUUCCUACUCCCUUGUUCAA